AUGAUAAGACCUAAUAUUAUACGUUUUGGAUAUGCCAGCGAUCAGCGACGAACCAUUCCUAUGACCACUUUUCCAACGAGAACUAUCCAUGAAAAAUCGCCACAAAAGCAUGAUUCGAAAAAAAUGAAAAAAGUCACAACUAAACUAGAUGAAACCGUUUCAUCCGUACCUCUCACACAAUCUUUUCAAGAAUCCCGUCAACGAACUAUUCCAAUUCAAUAUGAAGCCAAAAGGAAAGAAGAAGUAGUUGUUGCUGUUCAUGGAUCUAAAGAAGAAAGUGAAAUCGAAAACCUUACUAUUCCAAAAUCGGAAAAGAAAAGCGGAGUCGAUUUUAAUGUUGCUAAACCUGAAAACAAUAUAGAAGCUCGCCAAAUUCCAAUCAGUGAUUAUAUAAAACCAUUAGAUCAAAGUCCUUUUGAACCACGCAAAGACAGUGCGUAUGUCGAGCAAAAGCGAAUGGAUAUGUUGGAUCAGAAGCAAGUAAGGUUCGACGUCGAUGACCAAGCAAAGGAUUCCGCAGUGGUGUCGACAGCAGAUGAAAUGAAAUCCAUUAAUACAGAAUAUCAAAGUGUGAAAACUGAUUCUAUAAAAAAUAAAUAA